GUACGCACGCUGACUUCUGAUCAGCGCUUUACAGAUCAAUAAACGAGGGGGGCGGGGAUUGGGCUGUGACGCUGCACGUUCACGUACGUCGCUGGUCGUCGCGAAACAUGUCGGCUUCUGAGACAACGACAAAGGAUGCUCCUGAUGGAAGUGACUCAGAAACACCAGCAGAGUCAUCACCUGGACCAAGUCAAGUAAAGAAAGAUAAUGCAGCUUCCACCUCAGCUGCCGUUGCCAAGAAGACAGAACCCACGGAUGGUGUGGCAUCAGUGUUGUCAUCUCAGCAGCCGGGGAAGGACACUUCAAGAGCUGGAGAGGAGGGAGAGAAAUGGUCACCUGCCGCGUCCCCAACCAAACCUGCUGCAGGACAUGCAGCAAAGUCCCUUCCAUCAAUGUCUUCGUUGUCCUCCUCCCCUUCUACGUCUUCGACGCUGUCCCCUGGCCGAGCAAAGAUGAGUGUUUCUGGGCCCGGUAGCAGUAAAUCUGCCCUGGCACCUGCUCCUUCAUCCUCCUCCUCCUCCUCCUCUGCCACAACGUCCUCAUCACCCUCUGUUUCUCCUGCCCCACACAAGAUCCACCGGGCCCGCAAGACCAUGAACAGGCCUCCACCAGGGCAGAUGAGCCACGUUGAGGCACCUGUGACACCUUCAGGAUCCUCUGACUCUGAAACUGUUGCAAAAAGGAGAAAACUGGAUAAUUUAUCUGACAGCACGCAUGCCAAGUCUGAGAGCCCUCCAGUCAAUGCUCAAACUGUGGAAGAAGUGUUGUUCCAUAAAAAGGUGGACCCUGUCGCCAAGACAGCCCCAGAAAAAAACAACAGCAGUGCGGGGAAGUCAGAGGAGGAGAAGCUUCAGAUUCAUAGUCUGCCUAGGCGAGAUUCAGAAAAGUUUGAAGAUGGUGGGGCAGAAGCAAGGCAGCACACUAAAGACAUAGAGGGGUCAGUGAACAUGUCAGAUCAUACUCCAGAGCCUGAAACACAGAGAGCCACCCAGAGCAGAAAUGAGGGCGAGGCGUCUUCAUGGCCGCACUCAGACCAGGACAAAGACAGAAACACAGCUGAUGUGGUGGAGACAGUUGGAGCAGGAAGGUCUUCUGAGUACACCGAGGUUCCCCUGGGUGCUCUGGACAUCGCAGCUGCCGACAGUCUGACACUCUCUCCUCAUCAUGAAGGUAGCGAUGCAGGAGACACGGAGCGGCUGGAGGAGCUUCCACUGUGCAGCUGCAGGAUGGAGGCCCCUCGAGUCGACAGCACCAGCCACCGCGUCAGCCGACAGUGCAUGGCCACUGAGAGCGUCAACGGGGAGCUGAGGGCUUGUACCAGUCGGACCAUGAAAGGGGAGACCAUGCGGCCGUCCAGUCGGGUGCCCCUCAUGGUGCUCUGUGACACCCAUCGCUCACACAUGGUCCAACACCACUGCUGUCCCGGGUGUGGAUUCUUCUGCUUAGCGGGCACAUUUCUUGAGUGCUGCCCGGACCAGCGCAUCGCUCAUCGUUUCCACCGGGGUUGUGUGACUGUGCUGGGCGGCGGGCGCAGCAGGACAAACGACGGCGGGAUGCUUUUCUGUCCGCACUGCGGUGAAGAUGCCUCCGAGGCCCAGGAGGUCACCAUCCCCUCAUUCAGCUCAGCCACGGCCUCCGCGACCACCGUUGUCACCAUGUCGGCCUCCUCCACCACCACCCCGUCUCUGCCGCCCUCCGCCCCCACCGCGCCCUCCCUCAUGGCCUCAACAGGAGGGAUGAAGGACGGGAAGAUGCCUGAACGACCUGUGAGCGCCCGUAUGCGUAGUCACGGCUUGGUGAAAGUGGCAGUGGAGCAGCAGCAGCAGCAGCCCUCGCAGCCUGUAGCCUCGGCAGCAACCGUCCCCCCGGCAGAGGAAGGAGUGGACAGUGUGGGGCCCUCCCUCUGUAUGCCAAACGGGAAACCCAUCAGCCCCAGCGCGCUACCACCUGGGCCCAGCAGGGCGGCACUGCAGAAGGCCAUUCUCACACAGGACACUGAGAGGAAGAAGAAACUGAGGUUCCACCCCCGACAGCUUUAUCCUGCUGCCAAGCAAGGAGAAGUGCAGAGAGUUCUGCUCAUGCUGAUGGAGGGCAUUGAUCCAACGUACCAGCCUGACUCUCAGAACAGGCGCUCUGCUCUACAUGCUGCAGCUCAGAGAGGCCUGCUGGAAAUCUGCUACAUGCUCGUACAGGCCGGUGCUAAAGUAGAAGCCCAGGACAAAGAACUGAGGACCCCUCUGCUGGAAGCCAUCAUCAACAACCACAUUGAGGUGGCUCACUACCUGAUCCAGAACGGCGCCUGUGUCUAUCAUAUUGAGGAGGAUGGAUAUACUGGCCUCCACCACGCAGCCAAGCUGGGAAACUUGGAAAUUGUGAACAUGCUUCUGGAAACAGGGCAGGUUGAUGUGAACGCACAGGACAGCGGGGGCUGGACGCCGAUCAUCUGGGCUGCGGAGCACAAACAUGUCGAGGUGAUAAAAGCACUGCUCAACAGAGGAGCUGAUGUCACCAUUAAUGAUAAAGAGCUGAACGUCUGUCUCCACUGGGCGGCGUAUGCAGGCAGUGUGGACAUCGCAGAGCUGGUGUUGAACUCCGGCUGCUCCCUCUCCUCGCUCAACAUGCACGGAGACACGCCGCUCCACAUCGCCGCCAGGGAGGGCUACUUGGAAUGUGUUACGUUGUUCCUGUCCAGAGGUGCUGACAUUGACAUUAUGAACAGGGAAGGCGACACGCCGCUAACCCUUGCGCGGCCCGAUACUCCAGUGUGGGUCGCUCUGCAGAUCAACAGGAAGCUGAGAAGAGGGAUAACCAGUCGCCUGCUUCGGACCGAAAGAAUCAUCUGCAGUGACAUUGCGCAGGGUUACGAGAACGUGCCGAUCCCAUGUGUCAAUGCAGUGGAUGACGAGGGCUGUCCUUCGGACUACAAAUAUGUUUCGGAAAACUGUGAAACUUCAGCGAUGAACAUAGACCGCAAUAUCACACACCUACAGCACUGUAGCUGCACCGAUGACUGUUCAUCGAGUAACUGCCUCUGUGGACAGCUCAGUAUCCGCUGCUGGUAUGACAAGGACCAGAGGCUGCUCCAGGAGUUCAACAAAAUUGAACCUCCGCUUAUAUUUGAAUGCAACAUGGCGUGUUCCUGUUACCGAACAUGCAAGAACAGGGUGGUACAGGCUGGCAUCAAAGUUCGUCUUCAGCUCUACAGGACGGAGAAGAUGGGCUGGGGGGUACGAGCUCUGCAGGAUAUUCCACAGGGAAGCUUCAUUUGCGAGUAUGUCGGCGAGCUGAUCUCCGACGCUGAGGCAGAUGUUAGAGAAGACGACUCCUACCUGUUUGACUUGGACAACAAGGACGGGGAGGUGUACUGUAUCGACGCCCGCUACUAUGGCAACAUCAGCCGCUUCAUCAACCAUCUCUGUGACCCAAACCUUAUCCCAGUUCGUGUGUUCAUGCUGCACCAGGACCUGAGGUUCCCCCGCAUCGCCUUCUUCAGCUCCAGAGACAUCCUCAGCGGACAAGAGCUGGGGUUCGACUAUGGAGACCGCUUUUGGGACAUUAAGAGCAAGUAUUUCACCUGUCAGUGCGGCUCGGAGAAAUGCAAGCACUCGGCCGAAGCCAUCGCCUUGGAGCAGAGCAGACUGGCUCGACUGGAGACUUGUCCAGAAUCGGGAGCUGACUGUGGGGUGACCGUGCUGGGAAACUCUUAGCACGUUCACCCGUGGGGCCUUUGGAUUAACCGUCUCACAUGUGCACAUUGGCAGGAGCUGUCUUGUUUGAUGCAUGGUGCUGUUUUUUCUACUUGAAAAGGUGCCACCUUAAAGCUUGUCAUUUUCCCUGUGGGUAGAGGAUAUGGGCCUUAACAGGACCAGAAGGUUGUUGUGACUCUGUACAUACAGUAUGUAUACUUUACAUCAUGGUGUACUUUGUCUGACACGUGAAAAUUUGUGCAUUGGGAGUCUGCCAUCGCGUGUAUCAAAAAUGUGUAUUUUCUGUCAUGCCACCAAACGCAAUGCAUUUUUACACAGUACAGUCAGGGGUUUCACCAGUAGCCCAUACUGGACCCAGUAAGGACCUGAGGGAUAGUAUUGUUUUUUGGCUGUUCUAAGUAGCUUUGUUUUCUUUAUUUUUGUACGUAUUGGUUUUCUUUAUCACAUUUAGUGUAAUAAAUUAGCUCAUGAGUUGAUCUUUGAGCUCUGGUA